AACACUGAGAAGAGAGAGAGAGAGAUAGAGAAAUUAGAGAAAUGCGUGUUGGUUCAGCAUCUUCCUUUAAUCUCAUGACACUCUCUUCUUCUUCUUAUUCUUCUUCUUCGUCUUCUUCUUCGUCAUCGUCUUCUUCUUCAUCUAAAAUCUUCAUCUUAAACAUUCCAUUUUCUCGCCGGAAAAAACGGCAGCAGGUAAAAGCCAUUGCCGCCGCUGCCACCACCGGAAAAGAUCAAAAUAUUCUCGUGAUAAUGGGUGCCACGGGGUGCGGCAAAUCUGGCUUAUCCGUUCAGCUAGCCUCUCACUAUCAAUCUGAAAUCAUAAACUGCGACAAAAUGCAGGUUUAUAAAGGUCUGGACAUUACAACUAACAAGAUUCCCCUUCAUGAACGACAUGACGUCCCACACCAUUUACUCGGAGACGUCGAUUCCAUUCACCAAGAUUUCACUCCCUUUCAUUUCAGACUCCGUGCCGACAAUGUCGUUUCAGAUAUAGCCUCUAGAAACAAACUACCUAUUCUAGUAGGUGGGUCCAACUCCUUCAUUCACGCAAUGCUCGUAAACCAUUUCAAUCCAAACCACGACGUUUUCACUCCCAAAUCCCUUAUUUCAUCCCACUUACGUUACCGUUGUUGUUUCCUUUGGUUAGACGUUGAGUUUCCCAUUUUGGCCGAAUAUCUUUCCAUUCGAGUUGAUGAAAUGCUUCAAAUCGGAAUGUUCGAGGAAUUAGCUGAGUUUUACGAUCCCCAUACAGCGGAAACCAUGCCGUAUACUGGGAUUAGAAAGGCAAUAGGAGUUCCGGAGUUUGAUAAGUACUUCCAAAAAAACCCGCCCAGUAAAAAAAGUGGGAUUGAUAGAGAAGCGUUUGAAGAAGCGGUUGAAGCCAUAAAAAGGAAUACCCACGUGCUGGCGGAGAGACAGAUAGGGAAGAUAUUGAAACUGAAAGAGGCGGGUUGGGAUAUAAACGUGUUAAAUGCAACGGAGGCGUUUAGGGCGGUGGUGGAACCGGGAACAGGCCGGAACAGGAAGGAGAUUUGGGAAAAGGAGAUUUUGGAACCAAGUUUUAGGAUUGUCAACCGAUUCUUGAAGGAGUAGUAGGUUUUGUUCGUUAAAUUUGUAAGUUAUAAUAAUAUUAUUAUAAUUUGUGCUUCCUCGCAUUUAAUUUUUCCCACAUGAAGAAACACACACCGGCGAAACGAACGAAAGUUUGAGUUGAAGAUCGACGUCCGAAGAUCCACAGGACUUUUCCGGCUGAGAAAAUUGGUUUGUACUUAGCGAGUGAAGAUUUCUCAAAAUAAUUUUUAAAUAUACAUACUUCCACAUUCAAUA